AGCAGCAAAGCUAGCACUGCUAGCUCUCCUCCUCUGCUUCUCCUUGCUCUCCGGCAGCAAAGCGAAGCAAAGUGAGCUAGCUCCACUUCAUCAAGCCAAGAAACCUCACACCACCUUUGAUCCAAUCCUAAUCAAGGGUUAAGCCGUCUCAAAAAUGGGCAGCUUGGACACCCACCCAAUGUCCUUCUCCGCCUCCCCCUACGAUAAGGCUGCGUUUGAGCCGCUCAACCCUGAAGAUGUCCGCGCAUAUCUUCACAAGGCCGUCGACUUCAUCUCUGACUACUACACAACCGUCGAGUCCAUGCCGGUUCUUCCCAACGUGAAGCCGGGAUACCUGCAAGACGAGCUCAGCGCGUCCCCGCCGACCCACUCUGCGUCGUUCGAUGUCACCAUGAAGGAGCUCAGGACCUCUGUUGUCCCCGGCAUGAUGCACAGGGCCAGCCCCAACUUCUUCGCCUUCUUCCCCUCCACCAAUAGCGCGGCCGCCAUCGCUGGCGACCUCAUAGCCUCUGCCAUGAACACCGUCGGAUUCACAUGGCAGGCCUCGCCCGCAGCCACCCAGAUGGAGGUUCUCGCCCUCGACUGGCUUACGCAGCUCUUGCGCCUACCCACCACCUUCAUGAACCACACCAGCACUAGCCAUGGCACCGGCGGUGGCGUCAUCCUCGGCACGACCAGUGAGGCAAUGCUCGUCACACUAGUCGCCGCCCGUGAUGCAGCUCUACGUCGGAGUGGCUCCGUUGGCUUGUCCCACAUGACACGCUUGGUUGUCUAUGCUGCCGACCAGACCCACUCCACAUUCUUCAAGGCAUGCCACCUCGCAGGCUUCGACCCCGCCAACAUCCGCUCCAUCCCUACCGGGCCGGAAACUAACUACGGGCUUAACCCGACCAAGCUUCUCGAGGUAAUGCAAGCUGAUGUCGACGUCGGUCUCGUGCCGACAUAUGUUUGUGCCACCGUAGGCACCACGUCUUCCAACGCCGUCGACCCAGUGGGCGCCAUCGCCAACAUUGCCACCAUGUUCAAUGCUUGGGUCCAUGUUGAUGCUGCUUACGCUGGCAGCACGUGUAUCUGCCCGGAAUUUCGCCACCAUCUCGAUGGCAUCGAGCACGUGGACUCCAUUAGCAUGAGCCCACACAAAUGGCUCCUCACAUGUCUUGAUUGCACUUGUCUCUAUGUCCGCGAUGCUCACCGACUGAGCGACUCAUUGGAGACAAAUCCGGAGUACCUCAAGAACGACGCUACCGAGUCUGGCGAGGUCACCGAUCUUAAGGACAUGCAGGUUGGCGUCGGUCGACGCUUCCGUGGACUCAAGAUUUGGAUGGUCAUGCGCACCUAUGGUACCGCAAAGCUCCAAGAGCACAUCCGCAGUGAUGUCGCCAUGGCUAAGAUGUUUUUAGAUUUUGUUCGUGCCGACAACAGGUUCGAGGUGGUCGUACCGAGGAACUUUGCUCUUGUAUGCUUUAGGAUCAAGCCAAGUGGAUGCAUGACAGAAGAGGAUGCCGAUGAGGCAAACCGUCAACUAAUGGAGAAACUGAACAAGACUGGCAAGGUUUAUCUUGCACACACGAUGGUUGGUGACAAGUUCAUUCUCCAGUUCGCCGUUGGAUCGUCGCUUCAGGAAGAGAGACAUGUGAAGAGUGCAUGGGACCUCAUCGAGAAAACUACGAGCACCAUAAUGGAAUAAGUGGAUUGAGCUACUGUCACAUAAAGUUCCAGGAGCUGCACAGAUCCCUAUAUUUAGGACAUUGAUAUUCUUUUCAAUUUAUCUUUUUUUUCUUUUGCUUCAGUUCUGAUUAUUAUUUAUUUGGAAAGUUGGUUCUUAUUUGUUUUGUGAUCUAUGCCGGCAGAGGGUAUAUUUGUAGGAUGCUGAUACAAAAAAAAAAGUGAUUAUAGACUGUAAGAGGGCUUAUAUUGAAUG